AUGUAUAUUAAACCCCCGGGCCACCGAUGCGGAGCUGGGUCUAAUGGGCAUUAUAGGUCAUUCGACAACGUGAUGGACAAGGUCUGGGAUGGUUUCAACAAGGGCCGGCAAUGGAAGGAUAUCCGGGCGAGAUACGUUGAGGCUGGGGGAGAUGACGAAUAA